CUCCGGCGUGACCACCGAGAUUGACGUGGAAGACACGUCAAAUUGAUCUGAGCAAACGGCAGGCUCCUGGACGGGCUAAUUUCCCCCCGAUCGGAUGAAGAUCACUUUGGGCGUGAGUCCCCGGCCGCCUUUGAAAGUGUUCCGGGAGCAGCAGAGAGACGGGGGCCCGGAGCAAGGGCAGCCCGCCCUGUCUCCUGGGGAGCCUGGCUGCUGCUCGCAGGCAGCCCCCCUCUAUGCAUCCGCGCCUGCCCCGGGGAAGACGGAGCCUCCGGCGGGGCGAGCGAGCAGCUGAUCGCGCAAGGCGCGCGUCUCUUUGCGGGCGAUGGAGCAAACCUACGGCGAAGUGAACCAGCUGGGAGGCGUCUUUGUCAACGGGAGACCCCUGCCCAACGCCAUCCGCUUGAGGAUCGUGGAGUUGGCCCAGCUCGGGAUCCGACCCUGCGACAUCAGUCGCCAGCUGCGGGUCUCUCACGGCUGCGUGAGUAAAAUCUUGGCCCGCUACAACGAGACGGGCUCCAUCCUACCCGGAGCCAUCGGCGGGAGCAAGCCGCGGGUCACCACCCCCAACGUGGUCAAGCACAUCCGAGACUACAAGCAAGGCGACCCGGGGAUCUUCGCGUGGGAGAUCCGGGACCGGCUGCUGGCGGACGGGGUGUGUGACAAGUACAACGUGCCCUCCGUCAGCUCCAUCAGCAGGAUUUUAAGGAACAAAAUCGGGAACCUCUCCCAGCCCUACGAUAGCACCAAGCAGCCUCCCCCGCAGCCAACGCUGCCUUAUAACCACAUUUACCAGUACCCCUACCCCAACCCCAUGGCCUCCUCUGGGACCAAAAUGGGUCACCAUCCGGGCGUGCCGGUCACCGCUGGACAUGUCAGUAUCCCCAGAUCCUGGCCCUCGGCGCAUUCAGUCAGCAACAUCCUAGGUAUCCGAACCUUCAUGGAGCAAACAGGGCCUCUGGCUGGGACAGAGGGGUCUGCCUACCCCCCCAAAAUGGAAGACUGGCCCAGUGUGAACAGAACGGCCUUCCCUCCCGCCCAGGCAGUCAAUGGGAUUGAUAAAGCUGCAAUAGAAGCGGACAUUAAGUACCCUCAGCCUGCCCCUGGCCUUUCCACCGUCGGCAGCUUCCUCCCAGCCUGCGCCUACCCCUCUUCCAACCAGCACGGAGUUUAUGCUGGCUCCGGGGCGGGCUACAUCACCCCCGGGCACCACUGGCAGGCGCAAAGCAGCCCCCUGGCUCACCACGGGCCCGGAGUGACGCUCCCCGGAGGAGAGCUGGGCACCGCCAUGGCCUUCAAGCAUCCCGCCCGAGAAGUUGUGGACAGAAAACCUUCCAGUCCCGUAGGCAAACCUCAAGAAACCCUAAAUAACAUACAUGGACUUUCUAUCCCCGCCUCAUCUUCCUAGAGCUUGCAAUGAAUCAUCGGAGAGAGGGAGAGUUUUGGAUCAAACACCGGCAACUUCGAAAAUGAAACAGAACCUAAAAGCACAACUGCAUUCAAAGAGGCGCCUCUGGAGAGGAAGAGACUGUGUUUGAAACAAGCCCAGGCAAUAAAAAGAGACAAUGACUUUUUAAUGCACAAGUGAAUGAGAUCUGGACAUUCAUUGACCCUGUGCCUUGAGUGAGUGAUUUCCUCAGUUAAGUUGGAAGGUGGUAAUGGGAGAGAAUCAUUUUCUUUCUUUCUUUCUUUUUUUCUUUCUUUCUUUCACACAAGAGAUCUCUGGAUAUAUAGCAGUCACAGAUUUUUCACUAGAUCUACCACCACUGUUCAUUGCUUAUGAUGCCAUAGACUUUAUCCUGUCACUCUGAUGUGCAUUUACUCUAGAGAGGAUUCAUUCAGUGUCUCCAAGGCCUUAGCCCAAGGAUCUGUGCUCUGAACCGGUUUCUGCCCAUGGAUAAUGUCUCUCUCCCAGAGUGUAAAUGGACAAAUACGCAGCAACAUUAUGAUCUAUUUUUAUAAUAACAAACCUUAAUAAAAAGU